AUGCCGGACACCUGUAGUGCGUGUAAAUGCUUUGUUGUAGCCGACGCUGUGUACAUGAAGCAUGGCGAGUUCUUCAGAAACAGACUGAUGCAGUUUAAACUGUACCACAUAGAGACUCAUGGAAUAGGGCCAUAUCUCAUGGGCGUCAAAAAUCCCCAUGUAUGCUGUAUUCAUUUCCGCGAAGAGGACUUCCACAUAUCUCCGGCAGGAGACGGCAGUCGUGAACGACCGUACGAAUUCGGUCGUCUUAGAACGAACAAAAGUCGAACCGCAACGUCGCGGUUGUAUAUAUCCCGGUGCGAGGAGCAAUCAUAUCAGGAUGCGAACGAUGUGCUACCACUUCUGCUGCCCAGCACCCUUCGAGACAUAGUCAACCUACUGGUGGUAGUCGUAGUACUACGCGCGGAACUACUACUACCGCGCACAGUGCUACCACUUCUGCUGCCCAGCACCCUCCGAGACACAGUCAACCUACUGGUGGUAGUCGUGGUACCACGCGUGGAACUACUACGCUACCACUUCUGCUGCCCAGCACCCUCCGAGACAUAG